AUGGCUCGUGGAAUUGAUAUAUCUGAUAUAGAUUGGGUGUUACAAUACGAUCCUCCUUCUGUCGCUAGCAGUUUUGUACAUAGAUGCGGUAGAACAGCUAGGAUUGGUAAUGAAGGAAACGCUUUGCUGUUUCUUCUAGAAACCGAGAGUGCGUAUGUAGAUUUUAUCAAGAGAAAUCAAAAAGUGGAAUUGCAAAGAAUGGAAACAAAAUUGAACAUGGAUACUGUCGAAGAAUGCCUACAGUGUAUGAGGCAGAUGCAACAAAAAGAUCGACUCAUGUUUGAUAGAGCAAAUCGUGCCUUUGUUUCAUAUGUGCAAGCAUAUAGUAAACACGAAUGUAAUUUAAUUCUUCAGUUGAAAGACAUCGAUUUGGGGAAGCUAGCCAUGGGUUUUGGUUUGCUGAGAAUGCCAAAAAUGCCAGAGCUCAAGGGGAAAAAAGUGUCAUCUUUUGUUGACCCUGAAAUCGAUACAAAUGCAAUACCUUAUAUGCAUAAACAACGUGAAUUACAUAGGAUUAAAAGAUUGAUCGAAUAUCAAAAUAUUGGCAAUUGGUCAAAUAUUCAUAGACGUAAGCAAAAAGCGAAACUGAAGCUUGGUCUGAAAACAAAAAGAGAAGACUCGAGAAACAAGAGAAACGAA